AUGAGAGCCUUUCUAUUCACAGAUCAGCUCGUUGAUGGGCAACAAAGCCUUCCCUCUGCUAAUCGAAUAAAUCGUGGAUCUAUAUUACUGAAUGCCUUUUUGUCAAAGGUACAUGUUGCUCUACGGGACGAGAUCAGCUUGCUGCCAGCACUAUGCCGCGCACAGCUCCCACCUUUUAACAGUGUGAUCGACCUCAUUGAGCGAGUGCGGUCUCAGCGGGUGAAAAGAUUAGAAAUUUCCAUCGCGUUGCUUUGUGUCUAUCAAUUAUCACUAUUUUUCCAAUUGGUUGAAGACAACGAAGACCAAUUCCCCUCCAGGGAUGAUGUUAUCUUGGGCCAUGGGCCUGGCCUAUUAUCAGCCGCUGCAGUAGCAUGUGCCUCGACACCUCUACAGUUAGUUGACCUGGCGGUUGAGGCUGUACGCUUAGCGUUCCGGACAGGUGUUGUUAUAAUGAAGGCUGGCGGAGGCAUUGAUCAGCCAGGUCCCGAGCAUAGCUUCCGUCUCAUUGCAGAAGGUUCUCUCGAAGACAUCACUCGCGAGUUAAAGGAUAUCCAGGAUGAGCUGGAAAUCCCCAAGCAUUCUCGAGCUUACGCCUCGCUCGCCGACCAAAGGACGUGCGUCAUCAGUGGGCAUGAAUCGCGGCUCGCGUUCCUAGCCUCGCGGCUACGUGGGCGAACAUUGCAGAGAACCACGGCCCUCAUCCCUGGGCUUUGGCACGCACCUCAUCUUUACCAAGAACAUGACGUGGACGAAGUAUUACAGCGGCGAGCAGAGGUCCUAAAGGAGAUUUCGCCCCCUUGUCGCCCGAUUAUUUCGUCCUUGACCCGCGAGUCAAUCGAUAGCGGCAAUGGAAGGGCUUGUUUCGAACAGGCUGUCCAUGAAAUAUUACGCGAGACCGCGCGUUGGGAUAUCAUGCAACAAGAGCUCGCCAAUAUUUUCCAGAGGAGCACGGAAUCUUUUAUUGAGAUCUUCGCCUUUUCUGGAGAGCAGGCUACCACAAGCCUCUCCAAUGCCAUCGAAAAACCGGGGAAAGAAAAGCCCAUAGUCAUAAGGCCAAUGUCAGAAAGUGUACCAUCGCGGGUCAAUGAACUCCCGACAAAUGACUCAGGCCGCGAGAAAAUCGCUAUCGUUGGGUUUUCCGGUCGUUUUCCAGGGGCUCCUGACGUUGAAGCACUGUGGAAAGUCCUAGAAAAUGGGAGAGAUAUGCACCGAACGAUUCCUAAAGAUCGCUUUCCAGUUGAGACGCAUUACGACCCCACUGGGAAGACGAACAACACUAGUCAUACUCCUUACGGCUGUUUCAUCGAGGAGCCUGGUCUGUUCGAUCCGCGAUUCUUCAACAUGUCCCCACGGGAAGCCACACAGACGGACCCAAUGCAUCGCUUGGCAAUUGUCACAGCAUAUGAGGCCAUGGAAAUGUCUGGCUUUGUCCUUAAUAGUACCCCUUCAACUAUGGCAGACCGUGUGGGUACAUUCUAUGGUCAAACCUCGGAUGACUGGCGUGAGGUCAAUGCCGCUCAGCACAUCGAAACCUACUUUAUUCCAGGUGGUGUUCGGGCCUUUGCUCCCGGUCGUAUAAACUACCACUUUGGGUUCCGUGGGCCCAGUUAUAGUGUAGACACGGCUUGUUCCUCGAGUUUUGCUGCACUGCAUAUUGCCUGCACCGCACUCAAGGCGGGCGAGUGUGACACAGCUGUAACAGGAGGAGUUAACAUUCUUACUGCACCAGACAUCUACGCCGGGCUCAGUCGAGGGCAGUUUUUGUCCAAAACAGGAUCAUGCAAGACGUGGGAUCAGGGCGCAGAUGGAUACUGCCGUGCAGAUGCAGUCGGAAGUGUUGUUCUCAAACGUCUGGAUGAUGCUGUGGCGGAGAAGGAUCCAAUCUUUGGAGUCAUUCUUGCAUCCUCGACAAACCACUGUGCAGAUGCAGUGUCCAUUACCAAUCCCCACAGUGGAAAUCAGGCGGAACUGUACGAGACUAUCUUGCACACAGCUGGUGUCAACCCUUUGGAGGUAAGCUAUGUGGAGAUGCAUGGAACUGGUACACAGACCGGUGAUCUUGCGGAAACACGGUCUGUGACGAGCGUCUUUGCUCCGAAGGGAGCACGUUCAGAGCGUGAGAAUCUAUAUAUCGGGGCACUGAAAUCCAACAUUGGCCACAGUGAAGCCGCUGCCGGUAUAUCAUCACUGAUUAAGGUUCUUAUGAUGAUGGAAAAGCAAGCGAUUCCACCUCAUGUCGGUAUCAAGACAGCCAUGAACCCUCAGCUCCCUGAUUUUGACUCUCUCAAUGUGAAAAUUCCUUUCAAGCAGCAACCAUGGCCGGCCGUUGCUGGAAAGCCUCGAAUUGCCUUCGUUAACAGCUUCAGUGCUGCUGGAGGUAAUACAGCUGUCCUACUACAGGAGGGGUCGAGAAUGCAACCAGUAAAAGACCAUGACCCUCGUCCAUUCUUGCCCUUCGUCGUAUCAGCGAAGUCAUUGUCAGCAUUGCGCAACAACAUAUCAACGCUCAUCGAAUGGAUUGACGAGAAUCCUGAUGUUUCUCUCGGGAGCCUAUCGUACAGUUUGACAGCUCGGCGAGUGCACUAUAGCAACCGUAUAGCGAUAACCGCAACUAGCCGUCAUACGUCCAACGUGACCCCAGCUCCAACAAAGCCCCCUAAGGUUGUGUUCGUCUUUACUGGUCAAGGCGUUUUCUAUACAGGGUUGGCUCAACAGCUGUACGAGCUGAAUCGUGAUUUCCGUGACAGGAUUCAGCAGCUAGAUCGCUUAUCGGUUGAUUUGAGCUUCCCUUCGAUCCUCCCGAUUAUUAAGGGCAAAUGUGCAACUGAGGACGCAUCCCCAAUGGUUGCCCAGUUGACGCUAACUUGCGUCCAGAUGGCCCUCGUGCAUCUGUGGCAGUCAUGGGGAGUCCAGCCGGCUGCAGUCAUUGGCCACAGUCUGGGCGAAUACGCUGCCCUGCAUGCCGCAGGUGUUUUGAGCACCGUGGAUACGAUUCAUUUAGUUGGGCAACGCGCCCGGUUGCUUGAGCAGCACACAACGGCUGGCACCCAUGGUAUGAUUGCUGUAAAUGCAUCAAUUGAUGAACUUCGUCAUACUUCAGGUCUCCCCACAUUCGACCUAGCCUGCUCUAACACUCCAAGUGAAUCGGUUCUCUCGGGAAGCAGAGAGAACAUCCAGCAGCUGCAACGAGGGUUGACUAAUGCCGGAUUCAAGUUCAAGGUUCUGGAUAUUCCGUAUUCGUUUCAUUCAGCCCAGCUUGAUCCUAUCCUGGAGGAAUUUGAAUCUAUAGCAUCGUCUACGAUCUUCAACCAUCCGAAUGUACCAGUUAUAUCCCCACUUCUUGGGGAUGUCAUCUCUACUGAUGGAAUAUUCAAUCCUUCGUAUCUCGCUCGUCAUGCCCGGGAGACUGUGAACUUUGCCACAGCCAUUCAAAGUGCUGUCGAUGCGAAGUUCCUGGACGCUAAGACAGUGCUACUUGAGAUCGGCGCUCAUCCAAUUUGCUCGAGAAUGGUACAGACCAUGGUUGGUGGCAGCAUGACAGCCGCCCCUUCCCUUAAGAGAGGUGAAGAUUCCUGGAAGACAGUGGUAGUUGCGACGGGAGCGCUUCUUACUGCUGGUGUUCCCAUAGACUGGCACCAAUUUCACCGCGAGUACAAUGCCAGCCAUGAAUUCCUGCGCCUUCCCCAAUAUCGCUUCGACAACAAAAACUACUGGAUUGACUACGUAAACGACUGGUGUCUGCACAAGGUUGAUCCACGCAAUCGCAAGGCCCUGCAUGGUAUGGAGCCUGCUUCAGUUACGCCGAAGUUGUCAACGACGUCCGUGCACAGGAUUGCCUUUGAGGAGUUCAAUGCCAACAAAGGCCGGGUGGUGACACAGUCAGACAUGUCGGAUCCGGUGUUACGCGAAGCUAUUCGGGGACACAUGGUCAACGGUGCCGGGCUCUGCCCUUCAUCCCUCUAUGCGGAUAUGGCACUUACGGUUUGUGAAUAUAUUAUCGCAGAGCUUAAGCAGGACAAGAAAAAUAUUGGUCUCAAUGUUGGACAUAUGGAAGUUAUGAACCCACUGAUUGUGAAGGACAACAUCACCGCCUCUCAGCUCCUCCAGCUCUCUGUCACUGCUGAUUUGGCGCAGAAGCAAGCAUCUCUGCAGUAUACCAGUGUGGACAAUGACGGAAAAGAGCUUGCAGUCCAUGCUAAGUGUGUUGUGAACUUUGAAGAUAAAGCGAACUGGAUUCCUGAGUGGGAAGAGAACACAUUCUGGAUAAAAGAUCGUAUCUCGAUGUUGCAAGACAAGCUUGACCGCAAUGAAGCAGACAAGGUAUCUCGAGGAACCGCAUAUAAGCUCUUCGCCUCACUUGUUUCGUACUCGCGUCCCUUCCAGGGCAUGGAAGAGAUCAUCUUUGACGGCAAAAAUGUUGAAGGUACCGCUAAGGUUGCAUUCCAAACCGAGGACAAGGAUGGGAAGUUCACGGUCAAUCCGUUCUGGAUUGAUAGCUCUGCCCAUAUUUCUGGAUUUCUCCUUAAUGGUGGUGGUGCUGCUGGGUCAGAUGCUGUCUACAUUUCUCAUGGCUGGAAAUCUAUGAGAUUUGCUCGCGCAUUGGAUCGCUCUACUGUCUACACAACUUACGUGAAGAUGCAGCCUGCGCCAAAUAAUGUUAUGGUCGGAAAUGUCUAUAUUCUCCAUGGAGAUGAGGUCAUUGGUGUUGUUGGAGGAUUGAAGUUCCAGCGUAUUCCACGCAAUAUUCUUAAUCGCCUAUUACCGCCAGCAGGUGUAACAAAGCCUGCAGCUUCAACUCCAGCAGCGGUUCCAACAGCAGUCACGGCCAGGCAUUCACGAAACACUCAGAGGCCGGAGCCGACUGUCAAGUCUCGUGAACCUCAGCCGGCCCCCUCAGUUCCUAGCCCUAUCGAACAUGCGAAGAGGAUAAUCGCUGAGGAAUCCGAUCUAGGUAUCUCAGAGCUACAAGAUGACUGUGAAUUUGCGAAUCUGGGAAUUGAUUCCCUCCUUUCCCUCCAAAUCUCUGGGAGAAUCCGCGAGGACUUAGGUCUAGAUAUUCAGGGUUCAGCAUUCUUGGACAACGCAACAGUUGGUGACUUCAUGAGGUAUCUGCAAAGUUUUGUAGCGGCAGAGACAGCAUCCACAUCAUCGAGAUCCUCAAUGGAUGAUUCUUGGGAGGCCGCUUCCAAGGUGUCCAUUGAGUCUGAUGAAAUUCCUCCAAGGAAUGACGUGCCUGACCCGAAGAAAGACGAACUCCGCAAGAUACUUCGUGGGACGAUUGCGCGAGAGAUGGACAUUCCAUUGGAGGAUGUUACGGGCUCUGCUGAUCUCGCCUCCCUCGGCCUAGACUCUCUGAUGAGCAUCGCAAUUUUGGGUUCCCUACGGGAGCAGACAGAUCUUGUGCUCCCAUCUUCACUCUUUGUCGACCAUGCAACUGUCGCCUGUGUUGAAGAAUUCCUUGGCCUCAAUACACCUACGAACACCGCCCCUCCCAUCACUGUGCAGAAAACCCCAAAAUCGAGUACCCCAGCCAGGGAGACUGCGCCAAGCUCCACCAUAGCCUCAACAGCGCGGGCUGUGUCUAUCUUGCUCCAGGGGAAGCCGAGUAAAGCAACGAAAACACUGUUUUUGUUCCCUGAUGGCUCAGGGUCAGCCACGUCGUAUGCCACAAUUCCACCAGUCGACGCUACCAUCGCCAUUUAUGGUCUUAAUUGCCCCUUCAUGACCAACCCUUCGAAAUUCAACAUAGGAAUCAGUGGAGUUGCUACCCUAUAUCUAAAUGAAGUUCGUCGCCGCCAACCGAGGGGCCCGUACUACCUUGGUGGCUGGUCCGCAGGAGGUGUCCUCGCUUAUGAAGUUACCCAGCAGCUGAUUACUCAAGGCGAAACCGUGGAGCAGCUUGUAUUCUUCGAUUCCCCAUGCCCUGUUAACCUUCCUGCACUUCCGAACCGCUUCCACGCUUUCCUCGCAGAAUCUGGUCUUCUCGGAAGCAACGGUCAAGCUCCACCGUCCUGGCUACUUCCACAUUUUGAGGCCACCAUUAAGGCGCUCUCUGAAUAUAAGGCCAUUCCUAUCCAGCCUCACACAAAAAUUCCCAAGGUUCUUAUCAUUUGGGCACAACAUGGAGUGUGCCGCCACCCCACCGACCCGCGGCCUGUCAAGACUGACGACGAGCCGUGGAGCAUGACGUGGCUCCUCGAUAACCGUACCGACUUCGGGUUUAACGGAUGGGACAGGCUCCUGGGUACUAACUCGGUGAAAUUCAAGACAGUUGACGGUAACCACUUCACUAUGCUGAAUUAUGGAGAACAGCUUCAUGAGGUGGCGUCCUACAUCAGGGACUUCCUCUCCUAG